UCCAGGUAUGUGAAGGAGAGAAUAUAAGGGCGGAGAGUGAAUGUACAAGAGUUGCACAUUCACAGUUCAUGAGAGCUUACUCCUUGUGGUCAUUGUUUCUGGGUUGUCUCAAAAUCAGAGCUGAUUUCUUUCACUGUGGAGACUCCUCUCUCUCUCCUUCCAUUUCCAUUACAUUUGCCCUUUUCUCUCUCCUACGCACCCAUCACGUGUCCAUCUCAGGUACUACAUCGUGCUUUUCGCUUCUCCUCUGCAUCCACCACCCCACCAUCGCGACACUUACUCAGAAAAUAAUACACCCUCUCUGCACUGCUCAGAUCAAUACUCACUCAAAUUCGAUCGCAAAACUCUUUUCUUUUUUAUUUUCUUUUUUAAUCAAAAUGGUUUCUUUCGUACUCUCAGACUUGCAGGCUUUUCCACAGCCGUCUUUACCAUUAUUACCACUAUCAUUAUUACCAUGCACAAAGGUUAUUUCUCCAGAAAAUAUCACAUCUCUCUCCCCUCCACGCACUGUCUGUGACAGUAAUCACUCUCUUUUUAUCCUUAUUAUUCAUCUUUUUUACUCUUCCUUAAUUCCCCAUUAAUCUUUCUUCUGCAACAAUAAACCUCUUGCAUCUGCUAUAAAUGCAGCCUUAUUUACAUUCAUGUACUGUUUUGCUCUUCUUCUUUCACCCUCUGCCCUCUGCUCUGCUCUGCUCUGUUUUUUUUCUUUAUGUAUAAUUUUUAUUUUUAUUUUUAUUUUCUGGGUCGCAAUUAUCCUUGUCAGAUCAUGUAAUUACUGCCUCUGCCACAUACAAAACUUUCUUUUCGUUUUACUAUAGCAUUCACACCUAACAUUACUUGCUCGCUUCUUGUUUGUCCCUUACUAUUUGCUACUACCGGUUGCUUUGUUACUUCUUCUACUAGUACUACUUGUUUAGUCUCUUUUCUGCAUCUCUUUCUUCGAGUUUUUUUGUGGUGUAAUUGUUUUUCUUGGAAAGAGAGAAAAGAGUAAUGGCUGAAAGUGACAGAGAAGUUGCUGCUGCUGCUAAGUCGGCUCGCUCUUCCUCUCUGCCGUCCUUGCCGCCGCCUUGUCCCAAGUCUCCGCCGGAGUAUCCUGAUUUGUAUGGCAAACGCAGAGAAAUGGCUAAGGUGCAGAUGCUUGAGAGAGAGAUCGGUUUUCUUGAGGAAGAACUAAAAUCUGUUCAAGGCCUUCAUCCUGCAUCCAGAUGCUGCAAAGAGAUAACUGAUUUUGUAGUGGCAAAUCCAGAUCCUUUAAUACCUACAAAUCGGAAGAAACGAAGGUCUUGCAGAUUCUGGAGGUGGCUAUGUGGAAUACCUUGUUUUAAUUUCUCAUGGAUUUGUUGUUGCUGCUGUUCGGGAUGUUCUCUUGGUCUAAACUUGCCGCGCUGCUGUCACUGUGGAUGUAGUGACUGUGGUCUAAGUAACUGCUGUCGCUGCGGGUGUAGUGACUGUGGUCUAAGUAACUGCUGUUCGUGUAUCCGUUGCCCAGCAACCAAGUUGAGGUGUUGCUCUUGCUUUAGCCCUUGCCCAUGCUCUUGCUCUUGCACUUGCUCUUGUCCGAAGUCCAAUUGCUGUAGAAAGAUCUCAUGCAGCAGUGACUGCUGCAAUUGUCAAUUGCCCUCUUGUCCAGAUUGCUCAUGCUCUUGUUGCAAAUGUUCAUGGCCAAAAUGCAAAUGCAAUUGCAAUUGCUUUACAUGGUUAUGCUGUUGUCCUAAAUGGACAUGCUGUGCUCUUAAAUGUCCUAAACGACCUAAAUGUCCUAAGGUACGUCUUUCUUGCAAUUGUACAAAAAUCUCUUGUAAUCCAUGCUGUCUAUUCUUUUAGCAAAUUAGUGAAGCAUGCACUUGUUUUCUCUUGUAAUACAAUUCAAUUUCUUCACAUAUUAUAUUUUUGAAAAUUUUCAUAAGUUAGUUUUCUCUUUGGCUAAGACACUAAUACACGAUAAAAGGAUUGGAAUAAAU